CACAUUUCUUAGUUAAUUUCAUAGAAAAUGUAUGUAUAUACAUAUGGGAACAUAACUCUUUUUUAACAGAAAAAGUAUCCAAAUGCUAGGAUCCACAUUAACUUUUUGCUUGAAAUGUAAAAUAUGUUUUGCAUUUCUUUAUUAGCCUACCUGUGAAAAUGUUUAUAAUUGUUUAUUGUUUAAAAGUUUAAACAAAUGUACACAUGUCUAACGUCUUUCAUUAGAGCCAGAGUUAAAGCUGCAAUAUGUAAAUUCUUGGGCUACCCAACCAAAUUCACAUACUUAUAGAUCAUAGUUAUAGAGUUAUAGAUCUGUCAUUCUCAUUGAAAGCACAUCUAAGAAGCGGUAGAUAUGUUUUAUGAAAAUAUGUUCCCACUAUUGUUUGAAGAGAAACGCUAUAAAGUAUUUUUUACUUUUCCCAUUGAAAAACGAUAUGCGGGAACAACAGAGGAAUAGAGGAGCACGUCAAGUCAGUCAGGUCAGAGGCAGUAGGGAUGAAAAUGCAUUAUUGAUAUGUGCGUGAGUUUUCCAUAAUGCUGUCCUGCCUGAGCAUUCUAAAUGGAACAAGUACUUUUGGGUGUCAGGAAAAAAUCUAUGUGAGUAAAAAGUACAUAUUUCCUUUAGGAAUGUAGUCGAUUAAAAGUUGUAAAAAAUUAUAAAUAGUAAAUUCAAGUACAGAUACCCCCCAAAAAUGACUUAAGUAGUACUUCAAAGUAUUUUUACUUAGUUACUUUACACCACUGGUAAUGAGUUAAUGUUGCUGUUGUAAGUUUACUAUACUGUAUACUUUUUAUUUAUCUUAUCAGACAUGACACAAUGGAAGUUCCCUCUGGAAAAAUAUAUUAUAUUCUAACCUAUUCUAAUCUAGGGCUGUAACAGGUUUCUUUUUCAUUUCAAGUAUGAAUGAGUGUGAAUAUUUCACAUAUUAAGUCUUUAUUGUCCUUUUUCUUGAAAAUAGUGUGGGAUUUACUAUGUAUGCCAUUAAGCAGAUGUUUUUAUCCAAAGUGACUUACAGUCAUGUGUGUUUUAUAGUCAUACAUUUAAUGUAUUGGUGGCCCCGGGAAUGUUGUAUCAUAUCAUCUGUUAUGUAGCACCAUUUAUAUGACUUUGCUAAUAAAUGCAAUGUAAAGCCACUAAGUAGGGUUUAUGAAGACUUCAUGAAAUUUCUAUAAAGACUUUAUAGCCUAAUUUGUUGUUAAUAGAAAGUGGCACUCCUUUUGUUAUUGUCUGCUAUACUGAUGACGUUAGUCUAGAUGUGACUGGAAAUAUGGUCAUCAACCAGCAAUCAUCAUAAACAAAGCGCAGUUGCCAUGUUCACAUGCUAGUCGCAUUCAACAAAUCAGCAAGUCGGAAAUGUCAGAGUUCUGACUAGCUUGUGAAUGCGGCACGUGUUGUGGCUUAAUAGCAGACCAGAAAAGGCUGGUGACACAAGUGUUGUAAGACACUUCCUGUAUGUGUCAUAGCUGACUGUUACCAUUGGUGUGUUUUAUGGUUUCUGUAGAUACAGCUGUAUUUGAUUUACAUUUACAGUAAGUUGUGAAACUCUCAAAUAUGGUGGUAUGACACUCUUUGUGUGUUUAUCAGGAGUGGAUUCAGUGAAUCAACAACUGCACAGACUGGAUAGGCCUAUAGCUAUUCAUUUCACCCGAGAGUGACACUAGACAUGUCCAGAGUCCUCCUACUGGCUACAGUAAGAGUUGUACCAAAGUGAACAUGACAGAGUGAUUCUUGAAAUAUGAGUCUAAUAUGAAGUAUUUUUCUCACAGAGGGAGUUGCUUGCUUUAGCAGAACCAACAGUGAAGUCGACCAUGGCGAUGGAAGAGGACAUGACAGUGAACACGACAGUGAAAAUAUCGACAGUCGGUAAAAUAACCUUUCUGGACUCUGAGUUCCGUUACACUCUCUUCCCAGUGUUUUACGGUGUUGUGUUCGCCCUUGGUCUGAUAGCCAACAGUUACGUGCUGUUCGUGCUGCAGCGCCUGCGCAACGCCAAGGCCAUGAGCGAGAUCCGAAUCUACAUGACUAACCUGACUGUGGCCGACCUCCUCUUCGUGUGCGCCCUCCCCUUCUGGAUUGGCUACUUCCACCACCGCGGUGACUGGCGCUACGGCGACUUCCUGUGCCGCGUCACCGGCGCGUUCUUCUUCAUCAACACCUACUGCUCCAUCCUCUUCCUCGCCGCCAUCAGCGUCAACCGUUACUGGGCCAUCACGCGCCCGCUUGAUGCCGCCUCGUCUGACCAUUGGCGCCGCGGAGUGGCUGUCACCAUGGUAAUCUGGGUGCUCACUUUGUCAAUGUCCGUGCCGUACCUCUUGGAGACGGGCAUCCAGGUGGACGACGGCAACGUGUCGCGCUGCUUUGAGGGCUACCACGACAAGACUGACGACGAGAAGCGGAGCGUGGCCACCACCCACCUCAUCAUCGUGGGGUGCUUCAUCUUGGUCUUCUUCCUCGUAGUAGUCUGUAACCUGCUCAUUGCCCAUGCCCUGCUUGCCCAGUCCCCUACCCAGACUCGGGGCUCCAGUUCAUCCCAGCUCCGGGGGGUGAAGGGCCAGGCCCUGCAGAUGCUGUGUGCCGUGGUGGGGGUGUUCGUGGUGUGCUUCCUCCCCCACCACGUGGUCCAGGGCCCCUGGACUCUGGCUGUACUGGAGAUCAAGGAGGGCUGGGGCAGAAUGGACUGGGGCCAGCGGACCAGGCAGAGGCUUAACGACGCCCACCAGGUCACCUUGAUGCUGAUGGGGCUCAACUGCCUCCUGGACCCUGUGGUGUACUGCUUCGCCACCAGGAAGUUCCGCCUGUACAUCAAGAACAAUCUGAAAAAGGUGGGGAGGGGCAAAAGAUGCUCGGAAACAGCCAUCACACACAUUUCUAUGGUGGAGGGCAAGAAUGUGAGCCAGCGGCUCCAUAGCAAACAGCUGCAGCUCAAAGUUUAAAUCUCUAGAUGACAUUGGUAUUGUAGAUAUUGUGUCUAAUGCUAAUACUGACUGUUGUUAGUAACCACAUCCUCAGGAUGCUUCAUUCCAUCACACCCACACCUAACAAUGCACAUAGUGCAGAACAUGCACUCUGCUAUGUAGCCUCAUGUUCAUUCAGACACUUUCACAUGAACAGAUGCACCACCACACAGCCCCACCCAGAGUAUGGUUCCCUCUAGAUUUUUUUCCUGUAGUGACUUGUCCUGGCCACUGCCAGCUAUAAUCAGUGCUUUAAAGAAUCUUUGGACCAUUGAUUCUUUGUUUUCACAUUUCAGAUGUACUGUACAUUGUAUCUCACAAUUUAUCUUACACUUUGUUAUUGUGACUUCAAUUUCAUCACAUCUGUUUCUUCCCGUUCUUCUAGUGUAAUCAGAUGAGUUUAAUCAGAUGUGAAAAGCAGACGUUGUAUAGGGAACAGGAGCUUCUAUAAAUGAUUGCACAAUAGCUCUAUAAACUCAGUUCCAAGCCACUAGACUAGAUCCUUAGAUCAAAUAGAUAUCAACAUACAUUUUAAAUAUCACAUGUGCCGAAUACAACAGGUGUAGACCUUACAGAGAAUUGCUUACUUACAAUCCCUUAACCAACAAUUGUCCUUUCACUGUUGGAGUCUUCUAAAUUGGGUGCUGAACAAUAGCUCUAUAAACUCAGUGCCAAGCCACUAGACUAGAUGGUUAGAUAAAAUAUGUAUGGUGCAUAUAGUCAGAUAGUCCUAUCACUGUUGGAUCCUUCUAAAUUGGGUGCUGAACAAUAGCUGGUCGUGAGCAAGGAAUAAAAAAAUCCUUGGUCUUGAGCACCUAAUAUGUACACAUAUUAAUAUCAAUUAGCUUUUCAGGAUGCUGGCUCGCCAUCAAGUUCAUGCAUGUUGUGAUAAACUAACCUUUGUAAUGAAGUGAAACUGUAAUUGCCAAAUGAGCUAUGCAGGAUUGCGUUGAUUUUAGCCUACAGAUUAUUUUAGCCUACUCUCACAUGUAGUACGAUUUGAAGUUGUAUAUGUUUUGCAAUUUUUGUAAGAUUGCAAAAUAAAUACUGGGAGGCAAGAAGUACUUUCGGUCACACUUUAUUUGGACAGACUGGAUAACCCUUCUAGAGAUUCUGUACAUACUAUAAAUAAACUAUCUGUUGAUAAGAAAUUGCUUGCUAAGGUUACGCUUAUGGUUAGAAUAGGUGUUACCUUAAGGGUUAAGGUUAGGAUAAGGGUUAUGUUUAAGAUUAGGAUUAAGUGCUAGUGGAUAGCUGAAAUGUUAGUGAUAUUAUUGUUACAGCUAGUUAUUGUACAGAAUGAGGGAAUAAUAAGCUUCACUGCCCUUUUUGAGAGGCUGGUAACCAUGUGAUGAACUUGAUGACUUCUCAACUGCCAGCUACUGAAGUAUUAACAGAGACAUGUGGGUUAUGAAGUUAAUUAGACCUCCGGUAUAAAUGUUGCAGUAACUGUAACUCUAUGUAUGUGAUGCAUUUAAAACAUAUUGUUUAAUACACUGUACUGCAUUCUCAAUGUAAAUAUGAUUUAACAGAUACACUACAGGUCAAAAGUUUGGGGUCACUUAGAAAUGUUUUUGAUCCAUUAAAAUAACAUCAAGUUGAUUAGAAAUACAGUGUAGACAUUGUUAAUGUUGUAAAUGACUAUUGUAGCUGGAAACGGCUAAUUUUUUAAAAUGGAAUAUCUACAUAGGCGUACAGAGGCCC